CUGUUAGCAAAUUAGUUAGAUUGCAUUUGCACUAGCUGCAAAGUUAGCUACUUCCGUUUCGUUCCUGUUCCAUAACCGAAUAAGUAUCUUAAGGAAACUCAGCGCUUGAUGGCUGAGCCUGUCCCAGGCAUUAAGGCGGAGCCUGACGAAGGGAACGCCCGCUAUUUCCAUGUGGUCAUCGCCGGGCCCCAGGACUCGCCCUUCGAAGGCGGCACGUUUAAACUUGAACUCUUUCUCCCCGAGGAAUACCCCAUGGCAGCUCCAAAAGUACGCUUUAUGACCAAAAUAUACCACCCUAACGUAGACAAGCUGGGAAGAAUAUGUCUAGACAUCUUGAAAGAUAAAUGGUCUCCAGCCUUGCAGAUCCGUACAGUCCUGCUAUCAAUCCAGGCAUUACUAAGUGCUCCCAACCCUGAUGAUCCUCUAGCGAAUGAUGUUGCGGAGCAGUGGAAGUCCAAUGAAGCUCAAGCCAUAGAGACGGCCCGGACAUGGACCAGGCUUUACGCUCAAAACAACAUAGAAGUGUAGAAAACGUAAAACAAGCUGAAAGAAACCGAGCGGGAAGUCGGUGUGAGAACACACUCCUUAUUUCUGCCAAGACCUCUUCUUCUUCCUACUUCAUUUGCAUUUAAAGGACACCGUCUUGGAGGGAAAAAAAGGUAUUAUUAUAAUAAAAUAAACAUUUAAGGAAUAUAUUAAAAAAGAGGAAAAAGACAAGUAAAUUGGUGAUUUUAAAUGCACAUAAGAGAAAAACCGUAACUUGUCGUCUUUGUCCUAACUCACUACUGUUCAGAUGCAUGGGCAGCCAGGGUUGAGAUCUAACUCACCACCUGGCUUUCUUUUUCCAUUGAUUUGGGAGGAAACCGCCAACUUCUGCUUUUAACUAGCUUCGUACAGAAAAUUUAAAAAAAACGAAGUGUUUGUCCCAUGUUUUUUUCGGAGGGGGUGGGUUGGAGGGAGACAGUGGGGGUUCUUGUCCAAGAUGGCCAAACUUUAAAAAAACUUUUCUUUUAACUUUGUUUUCUCUUGUGAUGCUGGUUGUUUAUUGAAAUCUGCUGAUUAGCCCCAUGUAGUAGACACACCCUUUGAGACAGGCUAUUGUUGGACUCAUUACCCUGUUGAAGGCCAAGCCACAAAACAAAAUCAACAUAGCGCCUGCUAAACCACUUUAACAUGAAAUACAAAGUAAUGAUAUAACGACUAAACAAUGAAUCUGAGCCUGCCACCAUCAUCACGUUUAACUGUUGCAACCGCUGUCCGUGUAGAGACCCUAACGUAGGCUUGUGGCGGAGGGAGGGCAGUAGGGAGUGGGAUAGGGGUGGCGGGACAGAAAUUCCAUAACUUUCUUCUGUUUUAGGAAUACAUUGUUUUUCUCGUCUCUCCUUUUAUUUGAUAUGGAUGUUUUCCUGACAUCGCUUUACUACUCCAAAUGACCCUCGGGCUACAUGGCUCUUUUAGCUUCUUGUUCUUCCUGUUUGUCACAAUCUAAUGCUACAAGACACAACGGUUUACUUCCUUCCCAUGGCAUUAAUUUCAGAAAAGUGUAAUGAGUUGUAAGUUCUGCAGUGUGUGUUAGGGGGGAUUUUGCUCGAGGAGGUUGGGGGGGAGGUAAGGGUAGGUAGUUAGGGGUAAUGGGGGAAUCGCAGGAACACACUCCAAGAGAUCAAUGAAGGCUUUUGUCUCAACUGUCAAUAUUGGUAUUUGGUUUGAAAAGUCUGUAUUCAAUUCACUGUUUGUAAAUUCAUUAUUUCUAUUGAACUGGGGGGAGGCAUGUUUUCCUGUUCUCCAAAUGGUUUGAAAACAGUCCACCUGCAUUUUUUUUUCUGUAAAUAAAAUCUGUUGAUUUAAUAAGAAAA